GAUGGAGGGACCAAGGGGAGGACGGACCCUCCCAACAUGGCGCCCGCCCUUCGCCACCCGCCCCAACAUCCGGGUUCCGCCCGACCUUCCUCCCGGCAGCCUCAGCGCGGCGCUUCCCGGCCGGCCCCUCACAGCGGCAAGAUGGCGCAGCCGCCGGUUCUCCUCAAGGACAUGAAGCUGCUGGACGUGAAGCUGGGCCAGCUGCCCAGCUGGCUGGCCAUGAGGGACUUCACCCCCGGCGGCAUCCUGGGGGCCAUACGAAGAGGUUACAACAGAUACUACAAUAAAUACAUUGAUGUGAGGAAAGGGGGCCUGGGUGGCAUCUCCAUGGUGCUUGCUGGUUAUGUUGUUAUCAGCUACAUCUGGAGCUACAGCCACCUGAAGCACGAGCGCCGCAGGAAGUACCACGUGAGGGGUGGUGGUGGGGGGAAGCGCCCGGCCACAACCCGGUGCCCGCACGCACUGUCCAUGCCGGGGAAGGGCAGCGGCUGCGCCCCCAGCUGCUGCUCCACGGCCAGCUCCAGGUCGAACUUGAUGUGGUCCACGCUGGCGAUGAGCUCCUGCAUGGUGGCGGCCGGGGGCCGGCGGCAGCGGGCCGGCAGCGGGGGAACGGGGAGAGCGGCGGCGGCAGCUCCUGGCCGCCCCGCGCCGCCCGCCCGCGGAAUGCCGGGACUCACCCCCGACCCGGCUGCGCCGAGCUCCGGCGGAGGCCGCGCCUCUUCCGCCCCGCUGAGGCGGCGGCGGCAGCCGGGAGUGGAGGGGAAGGCGGGGCGGGACACCGUGCCCCGCUCAAGGACCAUGAGGCCGCUGGGGCUGCUCCUGCCCCUGGCGUCGCGGUGCCGCUGGGCUUCCAGCGCCGUGCGGAGGGGCCCGGCCGCAGCCCCCGCCGGGAAGGCACCGCGGCAGCUCCGGGGACCGGGGUGGAGGCUGUUGGGGUCGUCGCAAGCGUCCCGAGAGCUGCCCCGUAGCGGCCUGAGGGCGAGCGGCGCUGGGGAGGAGCAGGAGCGGGAGGAGGAUGGCGAUGGCGAUGAUGAAGGUGUGGAGUUCGGGACGCUGUCUCAGGAGUUUUCCUCUCGGAAAUACUAUCACAAAACGACCCCGCGCCUCCAGAAUUUAAAGCUGCGGGAAGAGGGAGAGGAAGAAGCAGAACGAAGAGCUCGGCGCGGCCCCGCGAACACCCCGUAUUGGUACUUCCUGCGGUGCAAGGCUCUCAUCAAAGAAAACAAGCUGGCAGAGGCUCUGGAGCUGUUCGAAGUGCAGAUGCUGAAGGAAGAACGUGUACAGCCAGAAGAAAGCAAUUACACGGUUCUGAUUGGUGGCUGUGGCAGGGUUGGCUAUGUGAAGAAAGCAUUCAGGCUCUACAAUGAUAUGAAGAAACGUGGCUUAACUCCCACUGAGGCCACUUACACAGCGCUGUUCAAUGCCUGUGCUGAAUCCCCAUGGAAGGACUCGGGUCUGCAGAGUGCUCUCAAGUUACGGCAGCAGCUAAAAAGCAAGAAUGAAGAGCUGAACCUCAUCACCUACCACGCACUGCUGAAGGCCUGUGCCCUGUGCUCUGAUCUCAGGAUGUGCUUUGAUGUACUGAAGGAAAUCGUGCACAAGGGCCAUGUUCCCACCAUUGAGACCUUCAGCUUCCUUCUGAUGGGCUGCAUAAAGGACAACGAAAGUGGUUUCCGAUACGCCUUACAGGUUUGGAAACAAAUGGCUAAGCUUGGGAUAAAAGGUGACAGCCACACUUACAAUCUGAUGCUGCGUGCUGCAAGAGACUGUGGGAUCGGUGACCCUGCCGUGGCUUCUGAACUCCUGCUCAGCCCUCCCAGUGAGAACUCACCUCAGCUCAGGCUUGCACCCGGGAGGCAGAAGGAAAAGGUUAAGAAGCAGAAGAAGGGAUCAGAGAGUGGAGCUGCUGUGCAGCUGGAUGUGGAAGCUAUGGAAAAACAACUCUUUCAGGAAGGCUCAGUGCAGCCUAAAGAAGAGACCAGGCCACAAAACAGAGAUGUGACCCAGGCUAAAGGAGAAGCAGCAGCUCUCAACAGCCCCUCUUUAGCUCUCAGCAAGCCUGGAGCCUUGAUGAGUAGAGGCCAGCAUGAGAUGGAGCAGGAACAAGCACACCAAAGCCAGACACUGCAAUUCAGCAACCUGCCCAACUUGCUGGAUUCCAAGAUGCCCAACAGAGCCGUGGUUUCCUUGGGGAGAGUGUCUGCACCAUCCGAUAGACUGGCUUUGAUGGGGGAUGUGGAGGGCUUCUUGAAUAAAAUGAAAGAGGACAAUGCAGAACCCAACAUUAAAACAUUCACAUUACUGGCUGAGCUGGUGGAACCCCAGAGCCCCUCAGAGUCUGCUUUGCUGGCACUCCUAGAUAAUCAUAAAGUAAAAGUAGAUGUGACCUUCUUUAACACUUUAAUAAGGAAGAAAAGUAAACUGGGAGAUCUGGAAGGAGCAAAGAGCAUGCUGCCAGCUCUAGUGAAGAGGGGCCUAUCACCCAACCUCCACACCUUCUGUAACUUGGCAAUUGCUUGCUGCCAGGAGAAGGAUGGACUGCAGUUACUCUCAGAUUUAAAGAAGUCUGGAAUAACUCCCAACAAGUACAUCUACAGCACCCUCAUUGCUGCUGCUGUGAGGAAGCUGGAUUACAGUUACCUCACAGAGAUCCUACGGGACAUGAGGAAUAACCAAGUGCCUCCCAACGAAGUGAUCAUACGGCAGCUGGAGUAUGCAGCACAGUACCCCCCAACAUUCGACAGGUAUAAGUCAAAGAACCGCUACCUGGAGAAAAUUGAUGGUUUCCGUGGCUACUACCAUCGGUGGUUAAAAGUAAUGGCAGGAGAGGAGACCCCCCACCCCUGGGCACAAUACCGGACACCAAAACAUGCAGUCAAUGAGAGUGAGGCAGAAGCUGUGCAGGAACAGCCGGGGCAGAAACAGCACUGAGAAGGAUGCUGAAGUUCUCCACCUUCCUUGUGCAGCAAGAACUUCCAACUCUCUCCUUUAAACCGUAGUAAAGCUCCUUGGUGUUUCAAUGUGAAAA